UAAACUUUUUUCACCCGCGCCGCAGCAUCCGAUUGCCACGAAAAGGAUAAUUACAAUUGCAUUGUAAUUAUUCAACCAAAGCGACUGGCAAAUAACAUUUCCAAUUCCUGGCCAAAAUAUACAACAAAAAUUAUUAUCCCCCACCAGUGCGUUUGUUUUGUGCGCCGGACCAAAGCUGCCGCAGCCGUCGAAUCGAGAGCAUUACGGAUGCGAAUCCGAGUGGCGACAGGACGAAAGUGCGGUCCAAUCGCAGCCAAAGUACGCUAGUGAAAAAAUCGUGGGGCGCCGCUGAAUUUUUGUGCAAUUAUCGCGAGCGUUUGAAAGGAUCUGCCUGCUGCCUGCUGCCAAAUCGCGACCGAUAAAAAUUGCGAGCCGUUCGAGUUCGUCCUGUGCGGCGGAAAGGAUGUGAAGGACACGGCGGCAGAAACUACAAGUGCAGCGCGAUGGCGCCCGUCACCCGCAGGAGCAGCAGCACCAGCACCAGCGCCACCACCAGCACCAGUGGCACAAUAAUCCUUGAGAGCAGGAGCAGCGCCGUCGCCCGAUGAAGGAUUGCAGCAUGGCCCGCACAUGCACAUGCACAUGCACUGGCAGCAGCUCUAGCACACACACACCCACGGCUACGUUCACUGGCAGCAUAAAUAACGCAAGGACAUGGACGGCGCAACGAACGCGACGAGGACAAAGGCCCACGGCCUGUGACAGAAAUAAACGCCACCACCGCCUCCUCGCCAGGAGCUAACCGAGUAAUACGUGAACCCAGCACCAGCACCAGCACCAGUACUUGCUCCACCCCCGUUUGCCCCCAGUGAUAUUAUUUUUAAUGCAAUCAAAGUGCUAAGUGAGUUUGCCCAAAAAGAAAUCAGCAGAGACUACGAAACUAGAGUGCAGCCGGUUCGGGUUGUGUCGGGUUGUGUUGGGGUCAUAACCCAAUUUGGGUAGUUUGUCCUUAGAGCGUGAGUCGCGGCACCCGGAAAGACGAGCAGGAUUCAUAUGGACGACGGCAGGUGCAGCCCGCUAGGCCAGGUGAGCAGCAGCAGCCAGGAAAAGCCGUGCAAACUGUACCGCAAGCGGAGGCGACGCCAGUGAACAAAGGAUCAACUCACCCAAUACUCGCCUAAAUGAAGAAUGAAGAAACAAAAUGUGCGCACGAUAUCCUUGAUCGUGUGUACAUUUACCUAUCUGCUAGUCGGCGCCGCCGUCUUUGACGCCCUCGAAUCGGAAACGGAAAAGCGUCGUUGGGAGGCGCUGCAAGAUGCCGAGGAUAUGAUAAUACGCAAAUACAAUAUCUCACAGGAGGACUUCAAAGUCAUGGAGACCGUGGUGCUCAAAUCGGAAUCGCACAAGGCCGGCCAGCAGUGGAAAUUUACCGGUGCAUUCUAUUAUGCAACCACGGUGCUAACCACCAUAGGCUAUGGACACUCGACGCCCAGCACGGUGGGCGGGAAGCUCUUCACCAUGUGCUAUGCCAUCGUGGGGAUUCCCCUGGGCCUCGUUAUGUUCCAGAGCAUCGGAGAAAGAGUGAAUAGACUGAGCAGCUACGUUAUCAAAGCGGUCCGCUCCUCGCUGCGCUGCAAGAGGACCGUCGCCUCGGAGGUGGACCUCAUCUGUGUUGUGACCACACUCAGUUCGCUGACGAUAGCUGGCGGUGCUGCGGCCUUUUCGAAAUUUGAGGGCUGGAGCUACUUCGAUUCAGUAUAUUACUGUUUUAUUACUUUAACCACUAUAGGCUUUGGCGACAUGGUUGCCCUGCAGCGGGACAAUGCACUGAACAGGAAACCCGAGUACGUGAUGUUCGCACUGAUAUUUAUACUAUUUGGCCUGGCCAUCGUGGCCGCCUCGCUGAACUUGUUAGUACUUAGGUUUGUUACGAUGAAUACCGAGGAUGAGCGACGCGACGAGGCCCAGGCCAUGCAGUUUAUGUCCAAGUCCAGUUUAUGGACCAACGAGGCGCUGCAAGUGGCUGUCAAGCUGGAGGGCGAUGUGAUAACAUCCAACGGAUCCAUUCUGAGCGGCUACGAGGGACACGAUGGCCAAUCUCUGAACGGAAGCAACACCUCGUCCAUGUGCUCGUGCCACUGCAUGUGCCUCAAUGGCAACCGGCACAAAAAAAGUAACAACUUGGGAAAGAGCAACGAUGCAGAAAACCAAUACAAGCUGAGGCGAUCACCGACGCACAUCCGACACCUUCUGCCGGAGGUGGUGCCCAUGCAGGAUUUGAACUACGACUACGACACCCAGAGCCUGCACACACUGGCCGAUCGCGGGACCAUGGACAGCAGCUACAUGGGCGUGGACAUGGCUGACAUGGGGGAUACGGCGAGCAUGGAGCUGCGGCCACACACAUUGCUCAAGCGCAAUGUCUCCCUGCUGUCCAUUCGCAUUUAGGAGGCGAUAUCGAUAUCGAUCUGGAUAUCUACGGAGGGAGGUGGAUGUAGAGGUGGAGGAUUGGCGGGUUCCUGGAACAACGAAGUGGCCCUCGACCUCGCCGAAAACGACUUACAAAUCGAAAGUGAUAACAAGGCUCUAAUAGUACUUAAAUACUUAUGUAGAUUCGCAACUGAAUGUGGCGCAGGACGAUUGAUUGAUUGUUGUGUUGAUUGACUUGGGCGCUUGGAUAAUGUGCGAUAGUUUGUGUAGGCUCUUCCGCAACUUGGACAUGCCAUGUGUGUGCAUUUACAAUGUGAACUAGUGCAUAGAUCUAUACAACAUGUAGUCGGCAUAAUAGAGACUUAACCUAUAUUAUAUAUACAACAAUUACAACUAGGGCACUAUACAAUUGAAUGUAAACCACUGCCACUUCCGAGCGAUAGAACCUAGAGAUUAUGGAACGGCAACACUCACUCGUAGUCUUUGUAUCUCAACGCGAAUCUCCUCCAGACGUCUGUAGAACUCAAUAGCCCGAUUCGGAUAGCCUCAAGCAGAAAUCAAGCUGUACUAGGACCGUUUAUAAUUCCAUAUAGUUUGGAUUCAAAUUUGAAACCCUCAUUGCCUUUCAAAAUUCAAAAUUCAAAAACAAACUGCCGCUACUCUUCUUAAGUAUUUGAAAUGGAAAGCACGCUAGCUUUUUCCAAAAGAAGUCGCGAACGGUUUCAAUAUAAGUUGCAUAUGAACGCGUUGAUACGAGUACAUGCCAGGAGCCAAAGUAACGCAAUUGAAGUGUCAAAUUAAUGCUGUAAAUACUCUAUAACCGAUUAAUGUUAGAUAACGUUUGAAAAUCCAUUUUAUUCAGACUUAUUAUGAUUACGCAACUCGAUAUCAGUUUACGUGUAGUUAGUGGCCGCAGCCAAGUCGACCUCCUCGAUCGAACCAAGUGUCAAAGUACUUGGCUCCAGUGUUCAAGUGACUCCAGUGACUCUAGUGACUCCACGAUGUGCCAAAUAACUCGCCGUACGUGCAACAUGUAGUGACACGAGUGUGGCACCAUAAUGUGCGGAUCGUACGCGCGCCAGACCGACAUAUAUACAUAUAUAUGUACAUGACAUAUACCGUCUCAGACCCCAAGACCUACCCCUAUCGCAUUUACGCAAAGAAUGCAUUUAGUUAUAGUUGUAGAUAAUGUCGAGGCGAGUUUCCCAGUCACUUAGUUUAAGCAUACCCAACCAACCCAUGGAAAUUGUUUUACGGCAUUCGAUUCGCAUUUAAAAUAGGAUUUUCGAUUAUCUGUUCUAGUUAGUCGGUGCAUUUUGCAAGGCCCAUUGCUCACUCGAGACGUCAAACGCUUGGAAAGAAAAAUAUCUUUUAUCCCUAUGUGCUUUGUAUAUAAUAGUAUACUUAAUUCGUACAAGUAAUUACUUUAAAAACAAAACAAAAAACGAUAUAUUGUUAGUACCAAAACUUUGUCAGUUUAUAAAACUUAGUUAUGCAUUUGAUUUAGCGUGACGAUUUUUAGAUUGCUAAUUCAUUUCCAAAUUUUAAAUAUUUAACUAGAAUAUAUUUCAUCCAAUGAGGUUCAAAUUGCCAUUGGAGUUCUUUAAAUUCAAGAUAAUUAAAAUCAAAUGAAAUUGUAAUUUUAAUUCAGGCAAAUAAUGCGAAAUAGUGAAACUAAGACUUUGUAAUAUACUUAUAUUCCAAAAUUACAAAAAAAAAAAAACACAAUAAACUAAAUUUAUAUGAUUAAACCGAA